AUGGCGACAAAUGUUGGUGGUGGAAUGACGUCAUCGGAUGAUUACGACGAUUACGAUGAUCACUUUGUUGAUCCAUUCGAGAUGAUCUCUUCAUCAGCAUUUCUCAUUCUUGGUGUCACGACGAUUUGGAUCUAUUACCGUAUUGCAAAAUUUCAUUCUACAAAUGGCUUCAAAACAAACUUUCAACGAAUUUUCUUCAUCCUCAUUACAAAUGACAUGGUCUCUUUCCUCGCUCAACUCUUUGACGUUCGUUUACCCACUUGGGGCGUUCACGAAUGGUAUUUUUACAUAAAAAGAAGAGUUUAUUUCAAACUAAAACGCAAGACGGGUAAAUUCGUAAGAACUGUUGCCGAUUUUGUAACCUCGUUUCUCAACAGGCUCGAGGAGGGUCCCGUUCCAACGAUACUUAACUAUCUCUCUACAGUAACUUUGAUGAUUCAAAGUUUUGGCACUUUAUUGGUAGCGAUAAAUCGAGCGACUUCAUUGAUGUUUCCUGUUCAUUAUGAAAGGUUUUGGGAUGAAGCCACUCGUCCUUCUUGUCUUUUCAUCAUUUUUCUUCCCUCAUUUAUCACAAUUCAUUGCAUUUUUGUGAAAAAUUCGUUUCUACGACUUUCCUGGGGUUAUUAUAUUCCGAAUACUGAUAUUUCGGACAUAGAGAACUGGAUGUAUUUUGGCGUGAAUAUGAGCUGUCUCUUCUUGAGUUUCCCUCUCAAUUUCUACCUUGGAUAUCGAUUGUUGAUCAAGAGAAAAGAAGUGAAGCUAACUCGUCGAGAAUUCGCUUUCCAUGCGACUACUGUAUUCCAAUUCAUUAUGGGAUGCGUAAAUGCUAUUGAUACGAUCAUUUGCAACACUCAAUCAAUGGAUGAUUACUGGAUUUUCUUUGAGACAGCCCCAAUUUUCUGUGAUUUGUGCAAUUUUGCGCCAUUGUGGUUUAUCUUCAUUGUCUCAAAAGAGAUUCGAUCGAAUGUUUUCGGGAAAAGGGAAGACUCGAUAGUUCUGGGAAAAGUAUCGAAUUUCACGACUUCUCCGCGAAGAUCCACCCGAAGUAUCAGCACGAUCUCGGUGAUCUCGGCGAUCCAAGCACAU